UCGAGUAAGACGGUUUGCAUUUGCUCUUAUAUAUAUUUAUAACUUGACGAUUAUUUUUCUAUUCUUACCAUACGCGAUCUUAAGUAACUAUGAAACGUAAGUCAAUAGUAAUUUUAAAUAAAAUUUUUUUUUUAAAUUCAAAAUAAUUUUUAAAUCUUUGGCGCUCUAAUGUGUGUUGUUAAAAAAAUUUUAACAGUGUAUUUAAUUAACGUAAUGUAAACAUAAAUUAUGAAUAUAAAUUUUUGUGUAAGUAAUUUUUUUACUUACACCCAAAAACAGAAAAAGUUUGUGGACAAAUGUGAUGGUUUUUUUUUAGUUUGUAUAUAAGAGAUUGCGAUAAAUGUAGGAAGUGAAAUUUGAAAUAAAAUUAAAAAUAAUAAUAAUAAUAAUAAAAUAAUAGUUUAGACAAUGUACCGAUGGAAAUGGACAGAAAAUACUUUAAAAAUAAUUGCAGAGAGCUCCGUCCUUGACGUGAGCAUUACGAUGCCACGACGCGGAUUGUUUGAAGUUAUCGAAUAUACCAAAGAGAUGCGAGACAAGUAAUAAUGGAGUAACAAAACGUAGCACUCAGGUCGCCAGAUAGUUUGGCUUCCGGGAGGCGAAAAAAUAACCAAGAAUAAAAAUAGAACUUUUAAAAAAAUAGUAGAAAUAAAAAAUUAGAAAGAAAGAAAAAAAAAGAAAUGGAAAAGUUUGGAGAUUUGCCGAAUCGCGAGUGGACCCAACGGCUGAGUCUGCGUGGGAGUAGACGAAGUAAUCAGGGUGAGCUUGGCACCACGACAAUGACUGGGUCCCGGAGCACAAGAAGAUGGGCUAGUUUACGGCAACACGUGACUAGUGGCGAUGGUAUUAAGCCAUCGGUUGAAUUGUUGUUGAAUCGUGAACAAAAAUCUCAAGCACAAACACCCAGUUCGCAGCCCCAUUCUCCAAACACACCUAGGACACCCCAUACACCGUUCAAGAAAUCAAACUGGGAGGUCAUUGAACACUUUACUGGCGCGCAAAGACCUUCUAUUGUGACGAUGGGACUGGGAUCAGAAAUAGGCGUAAGUUUAGCCACAGGAGGAUUAAAAGACCCGAUUUCGAUGACUGGUUUUAGUUCUCAUUCAACAGAAAAUGAAAGAAAGUGUGCACUCAGUCGUUUUUUACGUGCACUUUGUAGGUCACAUCGAUUCAAAAAUCUUCAGGUGGAGAUGCUGUACCAACGUUAUUUUCUACGUAUGAAUCAAAGUAAUAUGACUCAUGUGCUAGGACUUCUGACUGGAUUAUCAAUAGCACUGGGGUUGUUAGUUCUCAGAUUGAUAUUUACCAGCGAUCAGCCUUUUUUUACUCUCAUUCAACGGCCUGAAAAUUUAUCCCUGACACUUGCUGUACUUACUUGUAUCGCUAUUUAUGCCGGCUUAGUGGCAGCAAUAUCAAGACCAGGAAUGAAUGAAGUCUGGUUAGCAGGAGUGAGUGGAGCAGUACUAGUAACAUUACUAGGACUACAAAUUACACUAAAUAUUCAUCUGGCCUAUUUACCAAAUUGGGACGAUAAAAUAGCCACUAUGAAUCCCGAGGAUAUGAUCAUGAGAGACAUGUUAAGCUCUGACUCAACAGCCAGCACAAUGUCAAUGACGAGAAUCGACCAUUUACGUACAGGUGGACCACUCGCGGCAGCUUGGUCUGUUUGUUUUUUUAUCUACAUGGCCUACGCUCUUUUGCCAAUUCGACUACGUCAUGCCUGCAUUGCUGGUGUUAUUUUCUCCGUUACCCAUCUCAUUGGUGCUUUUGUACUCUAUUCCCAAGAUUAUCCCGCAAUGCUAGCGCACUUACUCAGUUCCAUUGUCGUUGUGGGAGGCACGAACGUCGCUGGAGCAUUAACACACCACCCUAGAGAAAUAGCGCAGAGACAAGCUUUCUUAGAAACACGGCAGUGUGUCGAAGCGCGACUCACUACUCAAAGAGAAAAUCAGCAACAGGAAAGACUACUGUUGAGUGUUUUGCCACGACAUGUCGCUGUUGAGAUGAAAGCUGAUAUUGCUGGUAAACCGAAGGACAGUAUGUUUCAUAAAAUUUACAUUCAAAGACACGAUAAUGUCAGUAUUCUCUUUGCUGACAUUUGUGGAUUUACUUCAUUAUCUGACCAAUGCACAGCCGAGGAACUUGUGCGACUACUCAACGAACUUUUUGCCAGAUUUGAUCGUCUUGCAGCAGAGCAUUAUUGUCUGAGGAUUAAACUCCUGGGGGAUUGUUAUUACUGCGUAUCUGGAUUACCUGAACCGAGACCGGAUCAUGCCCAUUGCUGUGUGGAAAUGGGAUUGGAUAUGAUCGAUGCUAUUGCGCUCGUGAGAGAGGUCAUGGCGGUGAAUGUCAACAUGAGGGUUGGUAUUCAUACAGGAAGAGUCCACUGUGGUGUACUCGGGCUCAGAAAGUGGCAAUUCGAUGUCUGGAGUAAUGAUGUAACUCUCGCUAACUAUAUGGAAAGUGGUGGAAUACCUGGACGGGUACAUAUUACUAAAGAAACAUUAGAUUGCCUGGGUGGUGACUAUGAAGUAGAAGAGGGAAAUGGCGGGGAGAGAAAUUCUUAUUUAAAGGAGCACAAUAUCAAGACAUAUUUAAUUGUCCCUGGAGAUACAUUCAAAGAUAAUUUAACGAGCCCGCGAUUAAGGAAAGGCUACUCCGUCAACGGCAAUGUAUCCAAGGAAAUGCGAAUGAUGGGCCAUGGCUCGCAACAUGGAAAACAUAACAAAUUGGGGUUCGGCUACGAGACAAUUGAGUCGGAGAAAGAUCCCGAGGAUGAAGUGAAUGAGUAUCUCAUGAGGGCUAUUGACGCUAGAAGCAUCGACAGACUCAGGUCCGAGCACUGUACUCCUUUUAUUUUGACCUUUCGGAGGCCGGAUAUUGAAGAAAAGUAUUCUAGAGAACGAGAUCGAAUGCUAUCGGCGUAUUUCGUGUGCUCGGGAUUCGUUUACGUGAUUGUUGUGGUCGCAAUUGCUAUCAGUUUGUCUGGGAGUAUUUAUUUUUACGUGUGCACUGGAAUCAGCUCAUUUAUCAUAAUUUUGAUAAAUAGUAUUCUUCUAGCUGAGAAAAAUGAGAAAAUACCAGAAUGGAUAAGAAAUAUAUCGAUAGCCAUUUUUGAAAAUCGUAUGAUAGCUCAAAGUAUCGCAACAAUCGUAGUCUUCCUAACGUUUUUAACAAUUUUAUCGCCAUUGGUCACAUUGGACAACAGUAAUGUCUGUAGUAAUAACACUUGGACAAGAAAAUCUCAUGACAAUUCAACAGUAAUGGUUCAAAUCCCUUCAGCAACAGGACCAUGCUAUUAUACACUUUUUUCUGACUUAUUUCCCGUGUUGGUGAUGCUGGUAAUGGUAACAUGUGCAGUGUAUCAAAUACUGACGUCAGUUUUCAAAGUAGCGGUGCUGAGCAUAAUCGUGGUCUGCUAUUUGGCUGUGAGCAUUUACCAGUCCUCGAACGAAGAGGACAUUGAUCAGUCAGGCAGAUGGUUAGCUGGAGUACUGGUGAUCUUCUUCAUGGCCUUCUUGGUGGCACACUCCCAGCACACUGAGGCGACAUAUCGUCUUGACUUCCUGUGGAAGCUUCAGGCGACUGAAGAGAAAGAGGAAAUGGAGCAUUUGAAGGCUUACAACCAAAAGCUUCUUGCAAACAUCCUGCCAGAGCAUGUCGCCGCAUACUUCUUGCGAACUGUAAACUCUGCUGAUGAACUAUAUCAUGAGCAAUGCGACUUUGUGUGUAUUAUGUUUGCGUCAAUACCAAACUUCUCCGAGUUCUAUGUUGAGUUAGAGGCUAAUAAUGAAGGUGUGGAAUGUCUGAGACUUUUAAACGAAAUAAUUGCUGAUUUUGAUGAAAUACUUGCUGAAGAUAAGUUCAAGUAUAUUGAAAAAAUUAAGAGUACGGGAGCUACUUAUAUGGCAGCUUCAGGUCUAACAAAAAGUACCUGUGAUAUGAAAGACUACAAGCACAUAACAGCGAUGGCAGAUUAUGCAUUGAGAAUACGCGAUCAAUUGGCCUACGUAAAUGAACACAGCUUCAACAACUUCAAGAUGAGGGUCGGUAUAAACAUCGGACCAGUCGUGGCAGGGGUAAUAGGUGCACGUAAACCACAAUACGAUAUCUGGGGAAAUGCUGUUAAUGUUGCCUCGAGAAUGGACUCGACAGGCGUCCUGGAUAGCAUUCAAGUGACGAAGGAAGUACGCGAUAUUCUCAGUGCCAAAGGAUACCCACUUACUUGCCGUGGCCCCAUUCAGGUCAAGGGUAAAGGAAGUAUGAUAACUUACUUCUUAGACGGUCGCAACGAUCCUAAUAAAGCUAUGGCUACUAUACCUGAAAACGAUUGUCACUUUAAUUACAACAACAUCAAUAGUAUCGAUAAAAAAAUUUCCGAUCCUUCAGAUAUUAUCAGUAGUCAGGCUCUUUGAAGUAUCGAUAAUUGAUUUUUUUUACUGCCUAUCUUUUUAAGUGAGAGUAUUUGUAGCGCGCAAUUGAUUUUUUUUUUAAAUAUUAAAUAAGAGGAGAGUUAUUUUUAAUUUUAUUUCAUUUCAAUUGCGUUCGAUUAACGAUGUUCGAUAUAGCUACUGUUUAUUGUAUUUUAUUAUUAGCUGCUACUAUAUGAAUAUAUGACAAAUUUGUGUAUUUAAAUAGAUUUAAUUAUUAAAAAGACUUGAAGUGGAAAAAAUAUUUUUAAUGUCCGAUAACAAGAAUCUCUUUAAUUAAUUGGAUCAUUAAUUUGUGCAAGAAAUGAAAAAUUUUAAUUUUAUUUUAUGUUAUUAUGAUUAUUGUUGAAUUAAUUAUUAAUUAAGCACUCGUUUUAAUUAUUGAUUAUUAAUUGUUAAAUAGAAUUUUUUAAGGUUUACUUAUUCAUUUUUGUAUUUGCGCACAGACAUGUAUUUAUUAUUUAUUUUAUUUAUUCAAGUGAUAAAUAGUAUUAUUGUUAUUUUUUAAAUUUUAUUUUAAGAGUUUGAAUUUAUUUAUGACGACGGUAGAUAACAGACGAUUUUACUGUCGGUAAAAUAAUUUUGUGGCAGAUAAGAUAUCAGUAGAUUAUUUGAAUGGCAAGCGGGAAAUUUAAAUCUCAAUAAAAUGUAUAUUGUUAAAAAAUAAGUAACUAAUAAUUAUGAGAAGGUCAAGCAAAAUGGGGUAGUUAAAAAAAAUGUUAAAAAUGGUCCUAAAUUGUAAUUUAUUAGGUAACAGUACCAAAUAGUGACCCAGCUCCGGUUAAUGACCAGAUACUAAAUUCAAAAAUUUAAAAAUUGUUGAAUUUAAUCCAUGAAAAAUUUAUAACAUAACUACAUAUUUUUCGUGAAUUAAAUUUGUCAAUUUAAAAAUUUUCAAGGGUAUUUAAGUACUUGGUCAUUGAGUGAAACUCGGUCAAUAUUUGGUACUGUUACCUUACUUCGAAUUUUUGAGCAAUGAAAUGUCCAGGACUUUUUUUUUAAAUUCAAGUUUUUUUUUUUUUUUUUUUUCAAAAUUAAAAAAAACAAAUUUCGCGCUUUUACUUUCAAAAUGUGACAGUUAUAUUUCUGUCUUAAAUUUAUAUGUAAUUACAAUACUUGUAAAAUGCCAUCAAAAAUAUUAUGCUGUGAAAAAAUCGGAAGUGAAUUCGAAGUGAUUGCGGAUUUUAUUUAAGAGGGGUCUGAAUUUUUUUCUGUAUCUCACUCAAGUCAACAAACGGAACUAUCCUUGUUGCACUUGCGCAGUAAAUGGAAACUUUGUCUUCGUUUUUCUUUUAAAAAAAUGAAUAUUUUUCAAAAAUCAAAACGUAGACUGCUAGUUUAUAGAGUAAUGCAUCGAGCCUCGUUCUUAGUUUUGCGAUUAAGUUUGAGAAAAAAAACUCGGACAAAAAUUACUAUAGACUCUCCUUAAAUCCGAAUUCACUCCGUCACUCGGGAUUUUGGAGUUUAAAAAAAAAAUUACUCUGUAUAUGAAGUAAACAGAGAGUUUGUUUUUCCAGUUGAGUGAUUUUGAAGUGAUCCGGAUUAUUUUUAAAUCCGCAUUGACUCCGAUUCGGAAUUUUAAUAUUAAAAUAAAUUCCCUUUGGAGUGAAUUUGACUCCAAGGGAAUUAAAUAAAAAUCCACUCCGCAUUCACUCCGGAUUUAAACUGCACUCCGAAAUUUUUUUACAGUGUAAAUAGUCUUCUUUUAUUUUGGGUUUUUUUUUUUUAUAGGCCUCGAUUUCUUUCAAAAAGAAAAAAAAGUUUCAAGAAAAAUUAAAUUCUUUUCUUAUUUUUUUAAAUAUAAAUAAAAAUUAAAAAUUUAAACCUAUUCAAUAUAAAAAACUAAAUUUUCUAUCACCUCCCCAUUUUGCCCAGCUCUCUCCCACUAUCUACUGAUGGUUAUAAAAAAAAAUAAACAAAUAAAUAGUUGUAAUUAGUUGUUGAAUGGCUCUUCCACAAAGCGAUUUAGAAUCGUACAUGUACUUAAUUUUAAGAUCAAACACUCACUCUAAAUAAUUUAUAUAUUUAUUUACAUUCCUUGUAAUAUUUUGCCUCUAUAAUACGCAAUUAUAUACAUGUAUAAAAUAUAUUGCAAUUGUAAAAAAAAUUAUGCAAUUUAUUAUUUGUUAUAAUUAUAUUAAUAAUGAUAAUAAAAAUAACACAAAAUAAUUGUCAAUAAUUAAAAAAAUGGAGUGUAAAAUCAACGAGACCGCAUACAGAUAAACAACGAAAUGAAAAAAAAUGAAAUGCUUUAACGUUGACGGA